UCUGAAGGGCUCUUAAGAAGGUGGAGGAGGAACUCCCUCUCUCAUGGCAACCACGUCUACUGCAAUACAAGACCUCAAACACUGAGCAAUAAGGACGUCCAGUAUGCACAAUGUAUAUCCACACACUGUUGCUUUUGUAUCUUAUAAAAGAAUACAUUUGAUAAUCCAUAUCCUCUGAAGACCAGGAUUUCUUGGUAAAGCCUUGAAACCACCACUGACUAUGAUCUGUUAACGGACAUUUGCGCACCAUGGGCACCCUGAGGAAGAAAGUCAGCUUUGAGAAGAAACCUGUGUUUUUGGGUUCUGCUGGAAGAAAAGACAUCCACAGUGGCAUUCUUCAGCAUUACCGCAAACUCAUUGUGAAGCACCUUUCUCUCACCUCUCCAGUCUAUAGGAGGCUUAAGGAAAAUGGGAUCUUAACAACUGAUCAGAUAGGUUUAUUGGAGCUAGAAGACUCUCCAGAGCAGAAGAUUUCCAAACUAAUUGAUGUACUGAAAAGAGCAGACCACCACGUUUUUACAACGUUCUGUGCUAUACUGCACGAGACCGAUCACCAUCACCUAGCCCAGAUCCUUCAAAAGGCAAUAAUCAACAAAACCCAUGAGUUACCUGAAGUUAUGCCUGUACCUCAAAAUAAGCAACUAGUGAAUGAAGCAAUAUUACUACACCAGGAAUACGACAGGACAAUCAAGCAGGAAAAUGAACAGCUUAGAAAGAAAAUUAAAAGGAUGAAAAACAAAUACAUGAGCAACUUGAAGGAACUUGAAGAGAAAAUCACUAUAGCGAAAUGGGAGAGUGACCUUGCCAUCAGAGAGAGAAAUAUCCUAUGUAAUGAAAACGAAGCUCUGCAGAACCUAAACACUGAACUCCAGGCCUUAGUAAGACGACUACAAGAAACUAUCUUUGAGUCAGAUCUAAAGGACCACAGGACUCUUCGCCCCAAAGUAAUGGACCUUGGCUUUAGCUUGGAUUACUUACAGGAAAAAUCCAGGAAAUUUUACACACAUACGCACUUGGGUCUUGUAUACAGGUGACAUCAUGUUCAGUGCUGGAUUUAUAUAACUCAACCCAGUAGCUACAUAAGAACUAUAUAUCAGCAUGUCCAUUAAAGGGGUUGUAAAGCUUUUAAAAA